AUGGAUAGGACUCGGCUUAAUGAUCAGUUAGGUGUGAAUAAGAUUGGGAAGAGCAUAAAGAAGAGUCCUUUACACCAACCCAAUCUCCCAAACGGUAUCAUCGCUCCUUUGAGGCCUCCGUUGCACAAGAUUAGACCUUUGCCACAACCAAUGAUGGGUCGUGGAGAUCGAUGUUGGUCUUAUACAGCUCACCCUCCUCCUGUCUCAGUGUAUAUGCGUUAUCUUCAAAGCUCAUUAGAAGAUUCUGGACUCAGUGGAAACCAACUGCAGCCACAGGCUCAAGUUCACGCUCCACCGCAACCACCACCACGGUUCAAUGGCUCUGUACGAGAUGCUCCCAUUUUGCCCACUCCUAGGUUCAACGCUCUUCCUUCUCCUAGAUUCAACGGUCCUGGGAUAUUACCUUCUCCUGCGUCCCAAUAUCUACUGCAAUCUCCAACCGCCGCGUACCGGAAUUUGCUGUCGCGCGGAGUUCGAUAUCCUUCACCACUUACACCAAGAAGCUUGGAUCAACCUGGAAUUCUCGGUCCGGGCACAUUAUCUCAGCCUUCUCCUGGUCAUGUGUCCCCAUCAUCAUCAGCAUAUGGGUUGUUUCCCACACUCUAG